ACAGAAUUUAUUGUGCUUGUGCUAUAUAGAUUCCAGUCCCUAAUUCCAGUGGGUUACUGUCCACUGAUAUAAAAAAAAAUACUAUUUGUAUCAUAUGUGAGUUUAUGCUUUAUUUAGAUUGUAUUGGCAAGUUCCUUGAAGGAUAUGUUAUCCAAAACAUUUGUUUGAAUGAAUGAAUUCAGUCAAUAUCUACUCAUGCUGUUGGAAAGUUGGGUGAAGUUUCUUUUUUUCUUUUUUUUUUAACAUAUUAAUAGAGGUCCCUGUCACUUUCAGUUGUUGGGGAGAAUGCUGCAGUGUUGUUUUUGCUGAGAAGCCCCCGAAAUGUUCUGUGGAUUAUGAAACUUCACCUGAUGCGCAUAUUUCAUUUUAGAGUGAAUUUAUCCUUUAUUAUUCCUGAUCAUUAAUUGAUUUCAACAGAUUAAACAAUAUAUCUGAAAAGAAGGUGACACUGUUAAAAUGGUAGAUGCACAUUUUUCAAAGAAGUCUCACGCUGCCUGUUUACCUCAUACCUCCACUUAAACUCACUGUAUAUCACAAGACGAGCCCGCUGAGAUAUGUCACGUUAAAGGUGAAAAGGAGCCCUUGACCAUGAUGGACAAUAUGCUGAAGUAUUCGGGUGGGGCUCUGUUGCUCCCUGGAGAGUCCUGUCUGAGGCACAUGCUGAAUGUCCUGCCAUCAUUCCCAGCUGCUCCGCAGUCGUAGAGACUCAAGUGCAGCUCACUCACACACGCUUGUGUUUUAACACUUACAUCUACAGAGCACCUCAAAAAAAAUGGAGACAGUCAGAGUCAGAAAAAUAAAAACCUGUGUAUUGUCUUUUUCAUGCAUUUCUCCCUUUGCCCUCCAUUGCUCUCUCAAAUCCCUUAGCUGGCACUUUGUGUGAGUGUGUGUACACUUGUGUGAGUGAAAUUGUGUCCAUGUCAGCACUCUGGGCGGAGGGGGCUGAAAACUACCCACGCCAGCGGGUUCCAGUGUGCCCCCCGCCCGUCCCGCUCCACACAGUUGGGCUUAGCCCCACAAAAGGGGGGAUAACAGUUUAACAGUUGCCGUGGAGAGGAGGGGGUAAUCCACAGCAUAAUGGGGCACUCCAGCACCCCCCACGCCCCCCAACAGACCAACCAACCAGUUCAUUCUGGACUGGAGUUGAGGGCCCCUGAUGCCUGGGACCCCAAAUAUCAUUACGAACAUCACGUCAGCUGCCUCUAUAAUACACAAAAAGUUUUACAAAAACAAUUCAAAACAUAAAUAUUCAGCCAUGGUCGACUAAAUCCUUCAUCAACAGGGCCUGAUGGGAAUAUUCUCAGUUUUUUUAGUCAAACUGAGGAAUUCUGUCUGUAAUGAAAAAACGUCUUCACAAGGUGAGUGUUUGUUUGAUAUCAAAGGGAGAAAAUGAAACGCAUGCACAGACGCAGCAUCACAAUAGGCUCUAUGGCAACAGCAUCAUGAAAGAGUUUGUCCCCAUGGUGAUCAGAUCAGUACCUCACAAGAAGGCCUCGUCUGUGGAAGGAAUGAAACGCGGGUGGGAGGACAUCAUUUUCCAGAUCGUACUGUUAACAUAACCCAACAGUCUGAUUUUGAUAACGGCUUGCUCUUAUUCAGAACUAACUCUGUUUCCUCUGCUGCUUAAUAUGAAACGCCACUCUGACUGAACCUUCUGAAAGACCUCAUUUCCUUCGAACAGAUAAAUAAUUAGAGGACAGAAGGAAGAGUCAUAUUUAUCCCAUGCCGAAAUGCAACGUAUGACUCAAUAGAUAAUUUCAAAGAGGAGGAUGCGGUCUGUUCUUGUCACUCUGGUCGUCCCUGCUCACUAAUGGUCCCUUUCUCCUAUAAUUGAUAUGAAAAUCAGGCUGAGCAGCAGUAAUGGGUGCCAGGUGCUCAGGACACGCCAACGCAGCUCAGCACAAACAGGAGACAACAGGAUGAGCCACAAACCCUUAAUGUUAUCUGAAUGAUAAACUCUUGUAGUCCUACAUGUAGCCCCGUGUAGGCUACAGUCAUGUUGGUCGUGUGUGUGUGUGUAUAUAUACACACAUACAUGUAUGUAUGUAUGUAUGUAUGUAUGUAUGUAUGUAUGCAUAUGUAUGUGUAUACAUAUAUACACACUAAUAUGUAAGAAUUUAAUACUGUAGAUCAUCAAUUUUUUUGAAACACUUUUGCAAUCAUCAGCAAAUUUCAAACCAACAAUAAGCUAUUUUGGUCUGAACACUGCUGUUUCUAGCAGUUAUGCUAGCGGCUCUUUAGCAUGCUAACAUGGCCUUUUAGCAUCAUAUUUAUGAAGUUUGCCAUCUUUAACUUUACAGUUUUACCUACUGCUUACUGGCACUAAACUCAAAGUAAGCCAUUGACCAAAGUGUUGGAAAAGCAGAUACGUUAGCUGGUUUUAAAAAACUAAAACCUGUUUGUUCCUUGUAAGCAUAUUUCACAAAACUGCAAGUCUACAGUUAUCCUAGCUGCUCUGUGAGGCUGGGGUCAGACUAAAUGCUGAUGAUAGCAUGCUUUCAUACUUGUAAUCACACUGCUAAAUCAUAGGCUAGACCUUUAGCCUCAUGUUUACCAAGGUCACCUUGCUAAAUAAAGGUUAGCAUUCUAUCACUUGACACAAGAUUAACUAUCAUUAUCACUUAUCUGAAUCUGAAAACAGAAAUUUCAACCUGUCGACAGGGCUAGAAGAAAUUUCAGGGGUCCACUGGUUCAUCCUGAGGGUGACAUGAAUGUGUAAACCAAACUUCAUGGCAGUCCAUUUCAAGUAUUUCAGUCUCAGGCAAAGUAGCUGAUCAGCAAACCCACAUUUGAUCCUUCGUCAUUAUAAUGAGGGAGUACAUCAGUCUGAGCUUUGAAUUCUUCCAUUUCUGUAUUAGAACACCAACUCACAGCAGACACCUCAAGAUAACAAAUGCUUCUACAGUUCCACCAAAACUCUGAAUGACCUGAUUUCAUCCCAUCGUUCAUAAUUGUGAUCAUCUUGUUGCAACCAUUCACCCAGAGCUUGUGCAACCAUCUGAAGUGGCCACAAUCACUUCAGCUUGAGCCUAAGUGAAAGGCUCCCGGAAGCCUUGAUGGGGACUGAGGUGCGGGACAAGGAGAGGGUGAGGAGAGAGAAAGAGAGUGGGGGAGGCUGCUCUCAUCAAAGGACCUCUCAGAGACUCUACAGGUUAAUGAGGGACGGAGCAGAGACCCUGAAGCCCUCAGACCCGACAGCCACACACAGACGGACGGACAGGCACGGGGACUGACGGACCCACAGAAGACAGAAAGCCUUAGGAGAACAUACUCUCUGAGUUGGAGAUGACGUGGAGUGAGCUCCGUAGUCGGCAGUUCUGGCGUGCCAUCCUCGCUGAGCUGCUCGGCACCCUGGUGUUAGUGAGCGCCGUGCUGGGAGCCUCCGUGCCCGGCCCUGGAGAGGCCCCUGGGGGACCCCUGUACCCAGCAGUGGCAGUGGGUGUGGUGAUUGUUGCACUGGCACACUGUUUUGGAGAAAUAAGUGGAGCACAGGUAAAUCCUGCAGUGACUCUGUCUCUGUUGGCCACUCGGAGAAUUGAAUUUCUCAGGGCCCUUGUUUAUAUCACUGCACAGUGUUUGGGGGCCUCUUUAGGAGCUGGGGCCCUCUACCUGGCCCUGCCACUGAAAACCACUGCAGACCACUUCGUCAACAGGGUUCCUAUAGAGUUGAAUGCAGCGCAGGCUCUGGGCAUAGAGGUGUUGUGCACCUUCCAGAUGGUCUUUACUGUGUUCUCAGUGGAGGAUCAGCGACGGAGGGAAUGCACGGAACCAGGAAACCUGGCUAUUGGAUUAGCACACACCGCUGGAGUGCUAAUAGGGGCGAGGUUCUCUGGCGCAGGUAUGAACCCUGCUCGUGCUCUGGGUCCGGCCAUCAUCACAGGCUUCUGGGAAAACCACUGGGUUUAUUGGCUCGGACCAGUGAUCGGUAGCGUGCUGGCUGGAGUGUCCCACGAGUUCUUCUUUGCUCGCAGUGCGUCACGCCAGAAGCUGGUGGCGUGUCUGACCUGUAAGGAUAUCGAGAUCGUGGAGACGACCAGCAUGACCGGAUCAUCGCUGUCCACGGUCACACAGAACGCCAUGAGAGCCAAGCAGGCCAACAAACAAGAAAACAACUGACGGCACAGGCAUGAAAAAUGUAUCCAGUAAUAUCACAGUGAUUUUUAUAAAGAUACGCAUUGUUCUUCAGUCACAUAGAUCAGGCUUGGCUGCAGCGGAGACUCAAGAAAAGCUGUGCAUCAAGUUUAAUUUUGCACAUGCAUGAGCCCCCAUUUACAUUAAUAACAGUGUAAAAUACAAAAUAACACAGCGGCUGCUAAAUGAUCCAAGGGAGAAAAAAUAUCUUUGUCCUAACUUCAAAAUGUUGAGUUUUGAAGCACCUCAUGAAGAAUUCCAGUCCCCUUGUUGUUGUUCAUGCUCUCCCCCCCAAAAAAUCUCGAUCUCAUAAAAAACAAAUAUGUUCCUGCACAUUCUUUUCAGCUCACUCUCACUGGAUUCAUUGAAAAAGGUUGACUAUUCACCAAGAUGUCACAGAGACCUUGGGAAAUGUACUCUGACAUUAUUAAAAGUCAGCCUGUCACUGGGAGGAAACAGAGUCCGUGUUUUAUGGUUUGAAUGUAGAAUUAAAGUAACUACAGCUGACGGAUAAAUGUGGUCCAGUAAAAUACAACAUUUCCCUUUGAAAUGUAGUGGAGGAGAUGCAGAGGAGAACAAAAUACCACUACCUAAACGUGCAGUUUAAAAUGAGUAGCCUAUAAUGCCGUUAUUUACUGCCGUUUACUUAUGUUGUAAACCAAAACACGUGAACAUCUCUUCAGCUUGUGAUAACAACAGACCUCAUUUCAGGCAUCUAACCAAAAAACCCAUUAAAAAAACAAACAAACAAACAAACAAAAAAACACUGGCUUCGAGAUGAGGGAACUGGAAGCGCAAAAACGUUGGCCAACGUUAACCACAAUAAACCGCUGGACAUACCACACUAUAAGAGGCUGUAGUAGAAAAUCACCUCAGUGCGUUUAGAUGGGUAUGUUUUAUGUCUCAUUAACUCAACUUUGUGUUUAAGAGAGGAAGUCACACCGUCUCAAACAGUGCCCUUUUUUUUCCUCGCAAUUGUAAAACUCUGCACAACUGACAAAGGGAAGGUUAGUUCACAUUUCAGUGAGUUAUCCCCCUCAGCGUUCAUUCUGGAGAGUCAUUAUGCUCUAUGAAUUCUGGUUAAAAUGAUUCUUUGCCUGUUGUUUUCUUUUGGAGAGAAAUGAAUGUGGAAGCUGCUUUUUAAAGGGUCUGAAUGUGACCUCCGAGGUCCUAGUCGCCCGUCAUUAGUGUAUAUAAAGGUGUAGCCAAUACUGUGAGAUUCAGUAUUAUUACUUUCACAUUUGAACAUCAUUAGAAUGUAUAAUGAAGACUCAUUGAAAUCCUGCUGAAAAACACCAUUGUGUUCGCCAUUUUCGGUUGCGUCGCGUGUCUGUGAAUGCUUUGAAAUGCUAAAGAGGUCCUUGGUCUGAACUGUGGGUUCAAUGAUGCUCUCAAUCUGUCCAAUAUCUCUCUCAUGUCUGCGCCGGUUAGCGUCCGUCUCUUCUCCGACGUCUCCUAUUCACCAUCAAAUGGACCUUCAUACCUCCGUAAUGGCCCAACAGAGGGAACAUCUUGAGUGGAAAUAGGCUUUGUAAUUUAAAAUGGAUACAUUGAGCGUAAUUGUGCGUGUGUGCGUCUGUGUGUGUGUCUGGGUGUGAUACCUUUAUUCAUAUUUGUCCGAUUUUGGUAUCAGUUGCCAUAUUGGUCCUGUCUUGAAAUAGGUUUUUGUGUGUAAAUUAAAGGGUCAGUUCACCCAAAUUACAAAAAGAGUAGUGGAAAGUAAUUAAGUACAUUUACUCAAGAAAUGUUCAAUUUUGAGCCAUUUGACCUCAUCUUUCGACCCCAUGACAUUUAAGUGGCAAAUAUUGGUCUUUUUUACUGAAUCACAUUUAUUUGAAGAUGUACGUUCUUAGUUAUUUUACAAAUCUGUAAAUAAUUAUGAUAAUAAUUCUUAUCACAUUCACAGGCUACCCAGUUGACAAAAUGUAUAAAGUAGUUAAACCAUCUUUACCAGCUUCAACUGUAAUGUAUAUAUAGGGUUACGUUUAUGCUGUUCUAACUUUCACAUGUUACAGAGUAUCUCUACACAGUGAUAUUGCUACUUAGGGAUAAGUUCACUGAAAAACUAAAGUUCAGUUAUUAUCUACCCCCUAAUGCUGAUGGAAAGUCAGGUGAAAUGUCAUAGUAUGCUCAACAUUUCUAGAGCUUCACAUCAACAGUAUUGCAGCAUUCUGUCAAACAACUGCAGUAGAUCGGGAUGUGAUUUAGAACACACACACACACAAAAAAAACUGGGAAAAAGAAAAAAAACAACAACUAACAAACAGAAAACAGAAAAUGGCUCCAUAAAGCUUGUCUGCUGUCACCAAAGUCUGACAUCUCAAACAUUUUGAGGACUAUGAAACUUCACCUGACUUUCCAUCCACGAGUACAUUUUUAUUUUUGGGUGAACUUGUCCUUUAAAUACAUGAUCUGAGUACUACUUUCAGAGGCGUCUUCCUCCAGCCCAAACCUCUCAAUACCACUAGUAAUGAGUGAGAAUUUUUAAAAAUCUUUUAUUUGGGGGAAUUGACACUUUAAAAUGUACGUUUGAUAUAAUAAAGAAUAUACUGUCUAUAUGAUGUAUUGGUAUUGAUAACCGAGGUAUAACGUGUACACUGUUUUAAAGCCUAAAAUAAAACCCAUGUUGGCAGUCACUGUCGCAGUGUGAUUUGAAUGCACACACUCAUACAUAAACUAUUCACAUACACACACAUUGUACACAAUAGCUAUAACUGCCACAGUGCCGCCAGCAUUUUGCAUUGUGUGUGUUCUUUCUAACAUGUAUAAAAGGGAGUUAAAACGGCGAGCUCAGCGUUCUGCAUUCAUCAACCCCCCCAACACACACAC